AGCACGCACUCGGUGUGUUUGAUUUUAUUGAGUGAAGAUGGCGGAGAGUGGAGUGAAUGGAAGAGGCGAGGAGUGAAACUGUAGGAAAUAUCAUACCGAAAGAACCUCUACAUCCCUUUCGUCUUAAUGCGCUCCUACUGAAACCCGCCGAGGCGUUCCCCGCUUGAGAAGAGGAAAAUAAAAACACUAGGAUGGGAAUAUGACACAGAGCAAAAAGAAGAAGCGGGUGAAUCGCAGUCUGCUGCUCGCCAAAAAAAUCAUUAUCAAGGACGGAGGAGCGCCUCAGGGGUUUGGCUCCCCCACAGUUUACCAUGCUGUCAUAGUCAUAUUUCUGGAGUUCUUCGCUUGGGGCCUGCUGACCGCACCUACACUUGUGGUCCUUCAUGAAACAUUCCCGAAGCACACGUUUUUGAUGAAUGGACUCAUACAGGGAGUUAAGGGCUUACUGUCGUUUUUGAGUGCUCCCCUGAUUGGUGCUCUGUCAGACGUGUGGGGCAGGAAGUCCUUUCUACUUCUAACAGUCUUCUUCACAUGUGCCCCUAUCCCAUUGAUGAAGAUUAGCCCAUGGUGGUAUUUUGCGGUUAUCUCAGUAUCGGGGGUGUUUGCCGUGACCUUCUCUGUGGUCUUUGCAUACGUGGCAGACAUCACUGAGGAGCAUGAGCGCAGCAUGGCGUAUGGGCUGGUUUCAGCCACUUUUGCUGCAAGCUUGGUCACCAGCCCUGCAAUCGGAGCCUACCUGAGCAGAGCGUAUGGAGACAGCCUUGUUGUAGUAUUGGCCUCGGCCAUAGCAAUGCUGGAUAUCUGCUUCAUCCUGCUGGCUGUGCCGGAAUCUCUUCCUGAGAAAAUGCGUCCGGCCUCUUGGGGAGCCCCUAUCUCCUGGGAGCAGGCGGACCCCUUCGCUUCUCUGAGGAAAGUGGGCCAGGACUCCACUGUGCUGCUCAUCUGCAUUACAGUGUUCCUCUCCUAUCUCCCUGAGGCUGGACAGUACUCCAGCUUCUUCUUGUACCUGCGACAGAUAAUGGGAUUUUCACCUGAAAGUGUUGCUGCUUUCAUAGCUGUACUAGGAUUGCUUUCAAUUGUUGCACAGACUGUAGUGUUAAGUUUACUAAUGCGUUCCAUCGGGAACAAAAACACAAUCUUGCUGGGGUUGGGGUUCCAGAUUUUGCAGCUGGCCUGGUACGGGUUCGGAUCAGAGCCUUGGAUGAUGUGGGCAGCUGGUGCUGUCGCUGCGAUGUCUAGCAUCACCUUCCCUGCUGUCAGUGCCCUGGUGUCCCGUACAGCUGACCCAGACCAGCAAGGUGUGGGACAGGGAAUGAUAACUGGUAUCCGUGGGCUCUGUAAUGGCCUCGGGCCGGCUCUCUACGGAUUCAUCUUCUACAUAUUUCACGUGGAGCUGGAUGAGGUUCCUGAUAGUGGCGCAGAUGUUCAGCACCACCCUCAGCUUCACCAACAGAGUGCAAUAAUCCCUGGACCUCCGUUCCUGUUCGGCGCUUGCUCUGUGCUGCUGGCCCUUUUGGUAGCACUCUUUAUCCCUGAGCACACACACAUCGGCACCCGCACAGGCAGCUGGAAGAAGCACACGUCACCACACGGGCACCCCCACAGCCCUCAGCCGCCAGGGGAGGCCAAGGAGCCCCUCCUGCAGGACACUAACGUCUGAUGGACUUCUGACUAGGUGGCCGAAACAGGGUCCCCCCCUCUCCAAAACCGUAAACGAGAGGAAGCAGGUAUCGGGGAGAAUGUAAACUUCAAACUAUCAAAACCUGGAGCUGACAAAUUUUUAACGAAAGACAAAAGUGUGUGUAUAUAUAUAUAGAGGAACAUAUAUUUAAUGAUGGUUCUGUCCAAAGGCACUGUUGCAAUGGCUUGUAUUUAUUCUUAAUUUUUUUUUCUUUUGCCUUUUUCUUUUUCUGUUCUAUACCUUUUUUUUUUAUUAUUUUUUACAUAUUUUACCAUUUUGUGUAUUUUUGUGAAGAUGAUGAUGAUGAUGAUAAUGCUGGUAAUUCUACAUGAUAACGGCUCACUCAGGGACAUGAACAUUGGUCAGGAGUGUUUGUGGACACAGCAUUAUUCCCCCAAAUUGGAAAGAUUUGGCAUCAAACAACCAAUUUAUCACUUAUCUUAAAACAGAAAUUGGUCAUCAUUGGUCCAGAUUGGAAACCAGUACCAAACUUUUUUGUGUGUGUGUGUUUGGGUCAGGGGUCAGGGGAUUGGGGAUGGGGGUAGAGGGUGGGGCAGUGUUUAUAUUGAACCGUAUAUGAAUAGUGGACAGGGUGCAUGGGGUGAUCAGGUGUACAGUUUCAGAAAACCCUGUUAGGAACAGCCUUAAUCAACAGAGCUCAGCUUCAGACUGUGAAAGCUGUGUGUAAAAUGAACAUUGUUACAGCUUCAUUUUACAGUACCUUUACUGUCAUGCUUAUAUCGAGAUUGUUGCCUAUGUAUUGUUACUGUUAUUGUUUGUACCACUUCAGAAUUAUUGGUGCCUUCCCCAAUAUCUGGUUUUGGUGUUCAGCACAGUGGUUCAUAAUCCUGCACUCUUAAAAAUGAAGGUGCAUCCUGGGGUUCUUUAAGCAGUGCCAUAGAUUAAACAGUCUAAACAUGACAAGAUCCUUAAAAUUGAAUUUUUCUUCCUAUGGCAGCACUUAAAUAACUCCUUUGUAACACUGUUAUUUUUAUUAGAGUAGUGCUGGAAAAGAUAUGUGCUUUACAUGUUUGUGUUGCUGCCAAUACACCUGUUUUAAAGUCCUUAGGAAAGUGACUUGCCCAGGCUCUGCCCACAAGUGUGUUCUUUAAUAACAGAUUUUGCUAGGUUGGACGAAAAACUAGGCAAAUCCUUUAAUUUGCUCAAAUUCUCCAAUUUGCCACAAUUGGUAACACAAUUGGGAGAAAAAAAUAAAAUAACAGGCCAAUGCAUUUUCAGUGCUACCUUUUCAAUGCAUUUUCUUUAUUUUCUUGACUAUUUACAUUGUAGAUUCUCACUGAAGGCAUCAAAACUAUGAAUGAACACGUGGAGUUUUGUACUUAACAAAAAAAGGUUAAAUAACUAAAAAAAAAAAUCAUAUUCUAGUUUCUUCAAAAUAUCCACCCUUUGCUCUGAUUACUGCUUUGCACGCUCUUGGCAUUCUCUCAUUGAGCUUGAAGAGGUAGAGUCACCUGAUAUGGUUUUCCAACAGUCUUCAAGGAGUUCCCAGAGGUGUUUAGCACUUGUUGGCCCCUUUGCCUUCACUCUGCGGUACAGCUCACCCCAAACCAUCUCGACUGUGAUGUUGACUGUGGAGGACAGGUCAUUUUUUGUUAAGUACAUACAACUCCACAUGUGUUCAUUCAUAGUUUUGAUGCCUUCAGUGAGAAUCUACAAUGUAAAUAAUAAUACUAAUUAAAAUAAAGAAAACAAUUCAAUGAGAAGGUGUGUCCACACUUUUGGCCUGUACUGUAUAUCUGUUAGUAUAUCUAUUAGUCUUCUUUUGUAUUAUGUGAUUUUAGGCAUGUGUAAAGCUUUUUGGUUGGCUGCAUAUUUUUUGCCCCCAUAGAAAUGAUUAGGGAUGCAAAAUUUUUGGCUCCCUUCCUGUGUCAUGAUAAAAACCAACCAGAAGCAUCACCAAGCAAACCACAUGGUGUUUUUGGGGUGUUGCUGUGGUACCCCAUCAUGAUAGUUGCCAAACUACCAUUGCAGUCGCCUUGCAACUGUGUUGCAUCCGUCUUCGCAUCAUCAGAGAAGCUACUUGAGAUAUACCAUGUAGGAAACACCUAGCUACAGUGAACAAUUUAAGCUGUACAACCAUUUACCACAGACGGUUUUAACACAUUCCUUUAAUUCAUUUUGGAGUGUUUUAUUUUCUAUUCUCUAUUUUAUUUUGGAGGGAUAAAACCCUGAAAGGUUUAAGUUAAAGUAUACCUUUAGUGUACUUAGAAAUCGUACAUUUGUGGGCAGAGCAUGUACUGGUCAGUACUAAGCUUUUUGUGAGAUUUUGUGAGACUUUUUGGAUGCAGGUAAACCAACAGGCAGAGCGCGGAAUCCAGACAACUGGGAUUGUAAACCACAAGCUGAGCUGAGCGGAGAAGUGCUGCUGAUGGGACCAGACUGGAGGAUCUUAAAGCAACACUCCAGUGUGUUUUAACCUGAUCCAUGUCUGCAGUAUCUGUUGUGAGUGUGAUCAUUUCCCAUAGACCACUUUGACCUGUGCUAAGAAAAGAACACAAGCCAGUUGUUUCUAUGUUCUUUUCUGAAGUACAGAGGAAUGUGUUAAAACUGUCUGUGGUAAAUGAUGCUACAGAUGUUGCGCACACACACUGUGGGUUAACACUACUGGAGUAUUUCUUUAACCCUCCCUUUGCCAGUUUACACAGGGCCUUGUAUAAAAAAAACCUUCAGACCACAUUGCAUUGCCGUACAGAACCUUUUAAUUUGUCAGUUCAGUCAGCAGGAGUUCAUUGAACAGAGUGGAAGAAGAGAGAGGAGUUUGUUAGUGGCCUUCUAUACUUUACACUUUUUUUGGGGGAGAAAAAAAAAAGGUUUGUGUGUUUUUAACAACAUUUUGACCAAAUAUGUAGAUUUUAUUGAAUUAUGAGCAGUGUGACCUUGAUCUGAAGUAGCUUUGUUUAUGGAUUUUAUUUAUGAUUUAAGUUCCUUCAUUAUUUCUUGAUUCUAGUCUUGAUACUGUAUGCUUUUUUUCAUGUUCUGUGGUCAUGUUUCGCUGCCUUUUAUUCAUUUAAACAUACAGUAAUAUUGUCAUCAACUGAUGUAAAUAUAUGGAGUAUCCUAACACAUUUCAAUAAAAGUAUUUUUGACUUA